CUUCACCACCCCCACAACAUGUUAUCUCACAAUACAACGGUUUCACAUCUAAUUCACAGCAUGAGAAAAUAUUUUGCUUCCUGUUCCUGACCAGAAACUGUCAUGAUGCAGCAGUAAAAAGGUCAGUUUACAGUCAGUCAGUUCUCCUGAUCUCGGUGCAGCAGUUUAUAAGUCACUUGACUUUACACAUUGAGUCUGUUUUUUUCUGAUCUCCUCGUCUGUUGUCCUACCUUGCCUCCAUACAGUUCUGGAGAGAACAUUUCCACAUUCAUUUCACUCUUGAUACGUCUGACCGUAAACGGAAGCUUUGUGCGUGAGGCCCCAGAGAGAGGAUGAGGGGAAGGCAGACAGCAACUGUGGCCCCUCAGUGGAGGGUGACAGCCCCGCCACAUCAUUUCCUGUUUACUGCCUCUUGCAUUCACACCUUACUGGCGGAAUGAUGAAAUCUGCUGUGCUGGUUCUCAUCCUGACAACUGGAGUUACCUUUGGAAAGGAGGAGUACGCAUUGGACAUGGCGGACAACUCUGUUGAUGAUCAGUACCAGGAAUGCACAGAGAAGAUGUCACGCAUGGUUGAGAAUACUUAUCUAAAAGAUGAACUGAAGAGGUCAAAGAACUUCAGCGCAGCUUGGAGUGAAGGCCAGCAGUGGUGUUCCAGUAAUAAGAAAGGAGAUAAUUUGGGAGGAAUUAAUUACUGCACUGCCUUGUACGUGUAUACUCUACUUAAUCCACCGAUAUAUAAAGCUUUCAAUACUGACACUCGUGGUGGGAAAACUCAAUACACAGGACAGACAUAUCAGUGGUAUUCUCUUCACUUUUUGUUGACACGUGCAGUACAAGUUCUGAAGGAUAGAGAGAGGAAAAAUGGAACUGAAUGCAGAUCAGUGUAUCGUGGUACAGGGGUUCCAUUUAAAAAAUAUGUUUUGAACAAAGAGAUUCGAUUAGGCUCAUUCACAUCCUCUUCCCUCAAACUCAACGUGACAAAGAGUUUUGGAAAUGUGUCGUGUUUUGAAAUCAACACAUGCCAUGGUGCCAAUAUCACAGAGUAUUCCACCAAUCCAGAUCAGGAAGAGGUCCUGAUUCCUCCAUAUGAGACCUUUAAAGUCACAGAAGUCAACAAUCCUGGUCUCUGGUGUAAAACUGUCUAUAAGCUGCAGAGCACUGGGAUCAAAAGCAACCUGAACUGUUCAGAGGCGCUAACAAGCAAGGCUUCGUUAGACCGGCACAUCGACGAACUUUGAUUUGGUACACAUCCGCCACCGCCUUUUAGGGGAAAGCAGAUCGCUUUGAUUGAGUGGAAACCAAUGGAGCAGCAUCGACGUGGGGAGGGAAAAGGGCUAAUGGGAGUCAGGUUUCUGGUUGAUAUACAAGGAUACAAGGAAGUUUAUUGUCACAUGCAUAUAGUUACUGGAUGUAAGAAAUGCAGUGAA